UCAGCCUUAAUAGAGCUUGCUGAUGAGCUGAUCAUUUGAAUCAGGUGUGUUGUUGUAGGGCUGCACCUAAAACAGGCUGGAUUGGCGCCCUUGAGGACCGGAGUUGGUGACCCCUGAUCUAGAGUAAAGACGAGACAAACUGCUCCUCUAUCAUUUCAACCUUAGUCACUUUAAUAUAAUAUACAUGAUAAACACUAAUAGAACUCACUUGCAUUCAGCAAGGUGUCCACUAUUUUUGGUUGAGGUUGCCUUGCACUGAGCUAGGGAAAAUGAGAGGUGUCGAGGCUCAUCAGAACAAUAAGACGCCAAUGAAUUUGUGCCCCAUUUCAGUGCAAUUUACAUAAAACCACUCCUAUUUUCGAUGGCUUGCGCAUAGUAUUUGUGUACACAUUUGAAUUCUUUUCUUAGGACUACAGUAAUUUCACAACAAACUCAACUUGAAUUUACAUUGCACUUUCAUCUCUUGACAGUUUGAGUCUGAGUGACGCGAUAUGUUGGGGGAUGCUACUCAUUGAUUAUGUAACAAGAAAAUCCAUUUUGUUUUUGAACUGUUUGUGAAAAUUCUGCUCUUGUCAAAUUGUGUAUGGAGCUGCAGUAACGCCCGUCCCAUGGCUGGGACACCACAAAGCCUUCAAUGUGCCAAGACUGUCAGAGUAAACAAUGGACCCUCCCUCCACUGGACACAUUUGUGUUUGCUGACAGUAUUGCUGUGUUAGUGUAUGUCAGUAUGCGUGUGUAAUACAGUACAUCCCAUGCAUGCAGGCCAUGUCUCUCUGUAAGUGUUUGGCUUGCUUCUAAUGGGGGAAAUAUGGUCAGCAAUAGACUUUAAUCAGAUACUGCUAAGGAUUUGUUAGAAAAACAAAUGAGAGAAAAACACUACGGAUGCAUUUGUGUACUUCAACUAUUAAUUAUUGUACGGUGGACUUCUGUAGCCAUUAGAAAUUUGGAAUAUGAAUACGUUCCAUUAGAGAAUUAUCUCUGUUUUAUUUUCAGAUCAGCAGGCUGCUCUCUCUCUCUCGCUCUGUCAAUUGAGAGAUGGAAAGACCAAUAAGGAUUUCAAUAUUUACAAUCUGAGGGAAAACUUAUUCUUCUUAAAAGUUUUCUUCUUGCUGGGGGGGGGGCGUAACAGAAAAUAAUUGAGAAGCACUGAUGUAGCCAAAUCUGAAAAUUCAGCCCGCAUUUAUGGGUUUAAAAACUUUUGAGAUCGACUGAAAAUUAAGGUUUCGAAUGCGAGACAGACAACACUAUGGUAUAUGUUUUAUAAUGUUUGUAGAAGUCUCAUCUUGUUCCCAUAUUGUAUUGUACUGCAGCACUGUCCUAUACUUUGUAGACGUUUUGCAUAUUGACCAAGAGGGGACAGCAGCUAUUAGCAACCACGUCUCAGCAGCCGGAUUUACAAAGAAGAAGACAACCAGGAAGCGUCCGCAUAUAUUGCCCGUCAGAAAAAUGAAAAUCAUGGUACAACAAUUUUUGAAGAAAAGCUUGUCACGGAUGGAGUGUGGAAAGGAGCAGGGCGACCAAGUGCAGCUUGGACCAGGGUUCAUUGGAGGAACUCAAAACACAGACUUGGCUACUGGAGUGGAUCAAGCAGCAGGCAUGAGUCUUAUCGUCUUCAGCCUCAUGCUAUUUACUUACUAUUCUAUCUGGGUAAUUGUUCUGCCUUUCAUGGACACUGAUCAUGUGCUACACAAGUAUUUUCUACCACGGGAAUACUCAGUCAUUCUGCCUGGUAUCGCAGCUGUACUACUGCUCCUUUGUAUUGGGGCCUUCACUGCUAUAGUCCUUUGGAAGAAUCAAAAACCCAAAAAAGUUAAUUAACCUCAAAAUGGGAUUGCUCUUGAUUUUAUAUAUAGUGUGGAACUGUAAAUAAAUAUAGAAUCAUUCCCUCCAAUUAUCCGUCAAUGCUCCUCAAAUACCAAUAGGUAUUUUUGUAAAUAAAUAAAAACUAAUCAUCAAAAAGGGUGGCAAGGUGAUGGACUAAUUAGCACAUGUCUGAGAAUAUUUGUCAUUUUUCACACGUCCUGAGUGUUGCUAGUCACCUAAAUGUUGAACAGAGGCUGUGAUGUACUGAAGUCAAAUUCCUUGUUUGGUACGCCCAAACAUGGCGGAUAAAAAUUCUUGAAUCUUGAA